GUCCACUUCGCUUCGAUAUUGCACUGUUGUACAACACUAUCUCGGUGUCGCUUUGAUCUUUACAGUUGCACUUCUGGGUUCCGCUGUGCCUAAUCGCUCACCAACUACUCACACCUCUCACCACAGAUCUUGCUCUCACCCAGACGUCACAUCACGACAGCACGCUUCAAGCUGACAGAUACUCCCGCGACCGGACCUCUAUUGUUUUGAUAUGCCUUGUCGCUGUGGUUCGACGAAUACCUCGUCUUCCAGUUCUCCGCUUCAGACCCUCCUUCUUGUCUCCUUCGUCAUCUGCUUCGACCUCAAGAAGAUCAGUCUUUACUACCUGCUAACAGCUUUUGUCGACCUGCCGCAGUGGUCUCAUGCCCUGUAGCUCAUCCGUUACUGGACUUGAUCGCUAAUAUGAGACCUACGAACACUACGAUCAUUGGCGCCCUGCUGCAUUUUCCUGUGGCACUGUCUUACUACCACUCUCCAGCAGCAGAUGCAGCACCGACCGCUAAUCUCGACACCCUCUUCCAGUAUACCACCUCUCGAAACCACAAGGUAAUCUCACAGGCUGUCGACUUCGUCGUCUCGAUGCAGACGGCGCCAACUUGCACUCGUAUGGCUGCCUCACACCUCAUGAACGAAUGCAAACUGCUCGAACAUGCACCAGACUUUGCCAAAAGCCGACCAGAAGCAUAUCUGGAUAAUGUCAAGACCGAGUAUGCUGCCAAGCUGGCAGUGUGCGAGCUGCUGAGCGCGCAACCUCCAAGCCACGCCAUUCCGCCAUUACACUGCGACAUCCUGGUUCCCUCGAGCCGAGCGUGCAGCAAAGGUGGCUGGUGGUCGCAGGCGCCGACAAACUCUGACAAACAGUGCUACCCAGAGUGCAAAGAGUAUCAGUACAGUCAAUGUCUGAAGACGUUACAGUCUUCGCCGCAGUACUGGACUUCCUUCAGCAACGCACGUCAAAAUGCUGUGGUCAUGUGUCAAGCCAGCAGAGACGCCAUUGAACGCGAAAAUCACCUCGAAAUCUUCAAGAACCUGACCCAAGUCAUGGGCGCCGUAUCCUCCAACAUCAAGCAUACCACGGAUGAGUAUGCGUCUCUACUGCAUGAUCAGAAGCAGUUCGCAGAUGAGCUCCGCGAAUCUCAAAGUCAGUUCAAGAAAGACGUAUCCGCAGUGCAAGAGAAAGCUCUAGCGACGGUCGGUAACUUGGACGACAAGUUCCACGCUUUCAUGGAGACUUCGAUCUCCGAGCUCAUCACCGUACUCGCCGAUGGCCAGAGUGCUGAGAUCACACGCAUACGUGAAGAGAUGCAAGUCUUUUCGCAAGACAUGAUCGCAGAGAACUCUCAGCUUGCGAAGGCACUCACCACCGAGUUGCAACAGCACCACGAUCGAGCCAUCAUCAGCCUUCAAUUAAACCAUCAAGCCCAAGUUGAAAAUUAUGAGGCUCUGUCCGACUAUAUGGGCGAUAUCACGAACGCUGCCAAUAAGAUCAACCAUACCACGGACUCUUCCUUGAAGAAGAUUGACAACAUCGAACAUCGGCUGGACAGUCUGUCAAGCAAAGCCGAGCACAUCGCCAGAGGCUUUGCCUUCUUCAGCAGCCUGCCGCAACUUGUCACCUCCCUGAUUUGUGGUUUGGUCGCGAUGGCUGGGGCUAUCUUCAUCCUCAUUCUGCUCUACCACUACAGCAGACGCCUUGCUACAUACACUGCUGGCGCGUGCAGUGCAGCAUAUCUCCUACACUUCUGCGGCGUCUACGAGUUUCUGGCUCGCCUGCCGGUACGCCUCUCAGAGCCUCAUCGUGCUGCAUCCUUCAUUGAUCACAUCUGCAACCUCAACGCAACACAAAAAGGUGUCGGCAUAGUUGUGGUUCUGUGGCUCGCUACAUAUCCUGUCUCUCACAUCAGCACUAUCAUCAAUCGCGCCUUUGUACGCAUUCUCAGCUCCUACUGGGUCGGUCAGUACAGUAAUGAUGGUGGCAUGGGCAUACUACCAAGCGUCGAAAUUCCAGGUAUCGCUUUACCUCGAAAGCUUGAUGCUCUCGAGAGAUGCCUUGGUACCGACAAUUCUCGCUCGUCCACACGAGAAACAUCGCUUCCGGUCGAGUCAUGA